CUCCAUGCCGGCAUGAGUCAGCGUUGCUAAGGGUUAGCGUUCCUUUCACGUGCGUAUCGAGUUCAAAGUCUUUCCAUCAUUCACAAACCAUUACCAUUGAUAACUUGCAAGAAAAUUGAUUUUUCAAAUUUGCAAAGGGUUGAGAAUAGACGGACCCGUGCCGUUGACAGCGAUCUACAUUACCAAUUAUCAAAAUUAAUAUAUCGGAAAAUUUUCAAGGUACUCUGCGAUUUUCAAAUGGAGCAACACAGUGCUUCAAAAAAGGGAGGUACGAUACUGGUGUUUCUGACCGUAAUUUCUCUCCCCCAUGUCGGGGCAGCUCCCCGACCGAUCAUAUCAUCAUGCCCUGGGUGUAGCGGAACUCACCGGCAAGAAUCAAGACUGACCUCGAAAAGAAAUACAUUAUCAUCGCUGUCCACCUUGCCUUCUUCAGCCUCCACAUCGUCGUCCGUGUCGUAUUCGUCGGCGACGGGUCCACUGUCAACGACGGCGCCUUCGCCACCAUUAGCCAGCAGUGUUGACGGGGAGGAGCCUGGUACGAACUACCCAUCCCAGUCCCAAGCACGAUGGAGGGCAGAACAAAUCAAACUUGUUCAAGAUGAGAUUCUUAGGAAGUUAGACAUGACGAGGCCUCCAACUCUUGAAGAAAUAGCACGAGUCAACAUGUCAGAUGCUCGUAUGCAAGAAAUGUAUCAACGGUAUUAUGAGUCGGUACAAGAAGCAUCAAGUAUCAGACAUCUUUCGCCAGCCUACCGAGAAGAAAUACACAGCUUCAGAAGUACAGAUGGCCCUCCAACCAAUAUAUCAUUUUUCGAUUGGUUCUCUCCUCGGAAGCUUCGCAUCUUUCUACCCGUUCAGUUUCCACAAGACACGCCUCGGACAGUUCAUAACGCAACCUUGUAUCUCUUCAUCACACCUCCUGGUAUAACCGGAGAAGAGACUACGGCUGUUGUUCGGAUAUACCAGCUACUAUCUCCAACUCGGAUAGGAGUCAAUACGCCUCGAAGAUUUGUCACCAGCAAGGAAGUCUCGCUCACUGAUUCGAACUGGGUGUCGUUUCCUAUCAGCGAGGCUGUGUCGAUGUGGGUGUCAGACCCGACCACGAACCAUGGAUUAGAAGUUGAAUGUGAUUUGGUACUCACGACGCAUCUCUUUGUAAGUGGAUAUACAAACGGUCGCGUUCCAGCUGAGCGAACGGACCAGGAAGACCUUCGGCCUCGUGUUGACAUCACUCUUCGACAAGGUGUACAUGUACCACAUCGACGACGACGGAGGUCUCAUCGACAUAAUGAGAUGGUUGAUGCAGAACCGGAGUGUGGACAGUAUCAACAGAGUGAUGAGUGCUGCAAACGACGUAACUUGACGAUAUCCUUCAGGGAACUCGGAUUUAACUGGAUUCUGGCGCCAUUAGAAUAUAACGCGCAUUUUUGUGGCGGGGAAUGUACCGAGCUUUUCAAUAUGGCGGACACACACGCUCUCAUCCGGGCUCUUAUACGGAUAGAAUCUCCAAGGUCUUUGCCACGCCCUUGUUGCACACCAUCCAAACUGGGCUCACUUCCCGUACUUUACCUCCAUCAGUUGGAUGGUGACAAAACGGAAGCGAGGCUGUAUGCUUUACCAGAUAUGGUUGUAGAUAGCUGUGGCUGUUCAUGACAGCUCUGUAUUCCGUCAACUAUUUAAAAUAUUAUAACUGUAAAAUAGCUUCAUUACAUUUCAAGAUCACCGGUAACUCUGUGAAAGCUUGUUCUUAAUUUCUAAAUAGGCGUAGGUUAACUGCUAUCGUCGUUUACAAAAGAUUACCCAAUAAUGAAUGCAAUUCAUGAUAAAAAAAAGAACACGAGAACUAGAUUUACUCCUUUGUGUAUAAAACUGACAAUUAGUAUCCCAUCAAAUGGCUUUAUGACUUAAUAUUAUAUACAUAUAACCUUACUAGACUAUUCAAUCUCCUGAACACGUAUAAUCAUAGACAUUUCUUUAUCAUACAAGCUUCCACAGAGUAACCGAUCUUCUUUUCACUAUUUAUUGAUAACAUUAUUAAAAUAAAAUAUUAAUGUGCACACAAUGUCAAGUAGUUAAUUUUAUCGUUCUAAAGAGAACAUUUACAUGGUAUAUACCCCUAUUCGAAGUGAGUACAAACAUGAUGCAUUGGUUGCAUUUUUUUUUUUCGUUACGUUCGUUCCUUGAAGGUGAGCCAGUGUGUAUUGCGUAGGCUGUUUAUGGUCCUGAUCGUCUUUUUACAGAAUGUAGUGGAACAUGAUAGAGACAAAAGAUUGAUGAAAAGUCAAUUUUGUAAAAAUAUCGUGUUUUCAUUGAUCACAAUCAGUCAACCGUUUCAAUCGGAUUGAUAUAAUAGAUUUGAGAUGAAGGGAUUCCAUCUCUUACCAUAACCACAAUUACGCGUGCCUUUUAAAAUGUCAAGUCCACCCCCACAGAUAGGUUGAGUUGAAUGGAUAUAAAAUAAAUGAAACAAACAUUGCACUGAGAAAAAAAAUAGCGAACUGGACAUAAGGAAUAUAUGACAGAGGACUCUAUAAAUCAAAUGAUGAUUGUAUCACCACAAGAUUGGGGGUGCUGAGUAUGUUAUACACCAUAUGCACCACACCAUCAUGACCAUGGAAAUUACGUUGGCAUGCUCCUAAAAUGUAGAAACUUGAACAAAAUCCCCCUUUUUCUUGCUUGCUUGUCAUUUUUUCGACCAAAAUCAUCUUUAUUUAUAAAAGUGAUAACCUUUUUUCUGUUUUAUGCUUCUGAGAGGGAGACGAUCUUGUCUCCUAAAUAUUUUUUACCAUUCUAAUUCAAAUCGAGAAAUACUAUUUUCUAAAUAUAAUUAAGCAUGCUAAGUCAUCACUAUUUGGUCUAUUGACAAUAAGAGAAGAGCUUGUUAAUUUUUAAUUUCCAAAGUUAUUAACAAAUUAAAUUGAUUUCAUCACACAACAACGAAAAUGAAUUAUAAUGCGAAUACUAUCGAAUCUGUCAUUCGAAUACUGGCAAUGAUAUGCAUUUAGAAUUUUGUUAAAAAUAUGUAAA